CAACAAAACAGCUCUAGAUAAUUAACGCUUUAAUGAAGAGAGUCUCUUAAGAAGAUGGCAGUGAUUAUAAAUAAGAUAUCGAAGAAACAAUUACAAAGAUUAAAGCUUUUGCAUCAGGAUCACAAUAAUUAAAAUUACUAUCAGCUAAAGAUGCAGCACAAUCUAUUACUAAAUUGUAAGCAGCUAUUUUGGCUAAAAACUUUAAACGAUAAGAUGUAUUUAAUUUUCAAAUCCUAUUAGAAUUAUGAAUAAAAACCAGUCACAAAUGAAAAACUAGAGAAAGCUAAGUAAAAAUUAAAUAGCAUGAAGAAAUCAGUUAAAAUUAAAACUAUAUAUCCUUAAAUUGAAUAGUUUUUUAAAGAGAAUUCUAAUGCAAGCCCUUAAUUAUUAGUAAAAUUACUACAAGAAAAAAGAGGAGGUUAGAAUCUGCAAAGAUAUGCAUUAGAAUAUUAAGGGGAAUGCACUCUAUUGUUUGAAUUGCUGUACAUUUGCAACUCAUGA